AAUCAUACGACACAGAUUCACUCCACGAUUGGCUGCUGAACCGUCUGAUAGAUACAUACAUCACCUGUUAUAUUCUUUGCUUGUUUCGUACCUUCACCCACCUCCUCCCAGUCUCUCUCUAUAUCUGUCUCUAUCUCUGUCUGUCUCACAAGUUCCUUAACCCUUUGGACCCCAAUAAGGCAAAAGUUAAGUCGAUAUGGCUCACCAUGAAGAUUCAAGUGCAUGGAAUUCGGAUUUACCUCACCCAAAGCUUAAUGAAAGAAUACUUUCUUCUCUGUCACGGAGAACUGUUGCUGCUCACCCCUGGCACGACUUAGAGAUUGGGCCAGGAGCUCCGUCUGUUUUCAACUGUGUGGUUGAAAUUGGCAAAGGCAGUAAGGUCAAGUAUGAGUUGGACAAGAAAAGUGGACUUAUAAAGGUUGAUCGAGUUCUUUACUCAUCUGUUGUCUACCCGCACAACUAUGGUUUUAUCCCAAGAACCAUUUGUGAAGACAGUGAUCCCAUGGACGUGCUGGUUCUGAUGCAGGAGCCCGUGCUUCCUGGUACCUUCCUUCGUGCUCGCGCUAUAGGACUAAUGCCCAUGAUUGACCAGGGUGAGAGGGAUGACAAGAUCAUAGCAGUUUGUGCUGAUGACCCUGAGUUCCGUCAUUACACGGACAUCAAGGAGCUUCCUCCACAUCGAUUAGCUGAAAUCAGAAGAUUCUUUGAGGAGUACAAGAAAAAUGAAAACAAAAAGGUUGACGUUGAGGACUUUCUACCAUCUGAAGCUGCCGUUGAUGCCAUCAAAUACUCCAUGGACUUGUAUGCAGCUUAUAUAGUUGAAAGCUUGAGGCACUAACUUCUUUAGAAACUCCACCCAAUUUCAGUGACCUCUAAUCAAUUGUGUCAAAUUUGAAUACAACUUCAUAAACAUUGUGAUUUCCGUUCCAUAGUGUUAUGGCACUUGUGCUGCUCGGCUCUAGACACAACAGUGUCUAGUUCUCCUGCUUUGAGAUGCGUUUAUAGUGCCACCAAAUAAUGAACUUGAUUCAAAUAUUGAAGCCACUAUUCCUGAAA